AUGGGUGAUUUAGUUGUUAAAGAUAAUGCGUUAAUUAAUGCGAGUUACAACCUCGAUUUGGUCGAACAAAGAUUAAUACUUUUAGCAAUCAUUGAAGCCCGUCAAAGUGGCAAAGGCAUUAAUGCAAAUGACCCUUUAACUAUUCAUGCUGAAAGCUAUAUUAAUCAGUUUUCAGCACAUAGGAAUACAGCUUACGAAGGCUUGAAAAGUGCAUGUAAGGCACUGUUUUCAAGAUAUUUCACAUAUCAAGAACCUAGAGGAAAGGCUAUAGCUAAUAUUCAAAGUCGUUGGGUUUCACAAAUUGCUUAUAUUGAUGAACAGGCAAAAGUCGAGAUUAUCUUUGCUCCUGCCAUCAUUCCAUUGAUUACACGCUUAGAAAAAGAAUUUACAAAGUACGACAUACAACAGGUUUCUGGACUAUCAAGCGGUUAUGCAAUAAGGCUUUAUGAGCUAUUGAUUGCUUGGCGUAGCACAGGCAAAACGCCUAUUAUUGAAAUAAAUGAAUUUAGAAAAAAGCUUGGUGUUCUUGAUACUGAAUACAAGCAAAUGAAUAAUUUUAAAAGCCGUGUUUUAGAGCCUGCAAUCACUCAAAUUAACGAAAAAACCGACAUUAAAAUUAAAGUCGAACAGCAUAAAACAGGACGUUCUAUUACAGGAUUUUCAUUCAAGUUUAAGCAAAAACAAACGGCAAUUUCUGAGAAAACAAUAUCUACACAACGAGAUCAAAACACGCCCGAUCUAUUCACCAAAAUGACAGAUCCGCAACGCUUUCUAUUUGCUCACAAGCUGUCUGAAAUGCCUGAAAUGAGUAAAUACUCUGAGGGUACAGAAUCCUUUCAAGAUUUUGCGAAACGCAUAGCAGACAUGCUUUUAGAGCCUGAAAAGUUCAGAAAGUUCUAUCCGUUUUUAGAAAAGCUAGGAUUCGGUUCUAAACAAAUCGCACCAACUGCACCAGUAGAAAAAAAGAAAGAAUACACAAUUGAUGAUCACAUAUUUAUUGAUUACAGCA